CUGGUACUCUGUCUUGGAAAGCAACUUAAUCAGAACCACACAUUUACACUUUCGAUGGAAACUUUGCGGGCUUGGACAUCAAACCCGGAAGAGAACUGACGUUAAUAAGCGAGACUAGCUGCGUUUACACAGACAGUGCGACCAUGGAAGCAAAAGCACACAGUUGUCACCGACUGCCUGGGAAAACAUCAAGAAAGAGGAGGAGGGAUGAAAUCAAUGGAGAGAUGGAGGGAGAGCAGGCCGUCAAGGUCCGACGAUCCACAGUGGGUCUGACAGAUCCAGACCCAUUUGCUGACCAGCUAGAACCAGUUACCGCUCCGUACGUGCGUGUCAGUAUGGCGGAGGCAUGCCAGGGCACCCCACAAGAGCGUCCAGUGCGGGUAUAUGCAGAUGGGAUCUUUGACAUGUUCCAUUCCGGCCACGCCCGAGCACUGAUGCAAGCCAAGGGGCUCUUCCCAAACACCCAUUUAAUUGUCGGAGAAGGGGCAAAGGCAUCUCUGAAUGUCACUUUUGCCAAGUUAUCCUCACUCCUAUACAUUCUGUCCCCAAGGAUUGGAAAGCUGCCGCAGUCAUCCCCCUCUUCAAAGAUUGACUUUGUCGCCCAUGACGAUUACCCAUAUUCUUCUGCAGGAAGUGACGAUGUUUACAAGCACAUCAAGGCGGCAGGCAUGUUCGCACCCACACAGCGGACAGAAGGCAUCUCCACUUCUGACAUCAUCACCCGUAUUGUCCGCGACUACGACGUGUACGCACGCAGAAACCUGCAGAGAGGCUACACUGCCAAAGAGCUCAAUGUCAGCUUCAUCAAUGAGAAGAAGUACCACCUGCAGGAGCGUGUGGACAAAGUGAAGAAGAGGGUGAAGGAUGUGGAGGAGCGAUCCAAAGAGUUUGUGCAGAAGGUAGAGACAAAGAGCAUCGACCUGAUCCAGAAGUGGGAAGAGAAGUCCCGAGAGUUCAUCGCCAACUUCCUUCAAAUGUUUGGCCCAGAGGGAGCACUGAAGCACAUGCUAAAGGAGGGCAAGGGGCGGAUGCUGCAAGCCAUAAGCCCCAGGCAGAGCCCCAACAGCAGCCCGACCAGAGAGCGCUCACCCUCUCCGCCGCCCUCCUUCCGUCUGCCCUUCUUCACCAAGACCUCCCCUCCCUCUUCGCCCCACCACCUCAGUGGAGCAGACCGCAUAAGCGAGGAUGACGAUUAGGAGCCUCCCUCCAUUCCUUUCUCUCCCUGUGGCUGAGAUGGUGCAGGUUAGGGUUAGGGUAAAUACCAUUUCAUUUCAGUCAAUUUAUUGAAUUGAAAUGGAAUUGACCCCCAGCCCAAGUGCUCACAAGGAAUUGAUAAUUCACAUGCUCUUGAAUUAGGAUGCCAUGUUGCGUUUUUUUCCUAUCCCGCUCACAUUACUGGUUAUCUUUACCAGGCCUCUAGUGUCAGUCAGGCCUUUGUCAUGUUUAAAGGAAACCACAACACAAUAGCACAGGAAGUUUAAUCAUAACUUUCUGUAAAACUGCUGUUCUUCGGGGUCACAGUGUUGUUAUACACAAAAUAGAUUUUUUAAAUGUUUCAUUUAUGAUGUAUAAAAUGAACAUGGGAAGGUGUCAGCCAAUACGGGCGUGAGUGAUGGGACACUCAUUCGCUCACAAAUUACUUGCAUGUUCUUCCGACACACACACUACUAUGGAUUUGCCAUGCUAAAUCCAUAGUAGCGCCAGAGAAAAUUGAACAAGUGAUAACCGGUACUUUCUGUAAAUAAUAUCUUUCUACUUUCCAAUUGAUUUCAUUCUGAAUUUUCCUUAUGGGAGUCACAUGAAGUAAUCGCUUAAGUCGUCUGGAUUUUUAAACUUCUCUGGUGAAAGCAUAAUUCACAUGGCACGACAAUGGGUAAGAAGCUAUUGAAUCUACUAGGGGUUAACCAUCGUACCGGAGUGUACGGAGCCCCUUCCCUGUUUCCCAGUCUAAAACUAGCCGGCACCUCAUACCAGCUGUCUGCCUUUUUAUCCCAUAACAAAAGCUGGUUUCAAACAUGGGGAGGGAGGGGACAUGGGAGAGUUUCCUCCAAUAUGAAGCAGUAGAAUGCCAUCCCUCCUCCCCCUCCCUCUAGUGAUCACGCUACAGGAGCAACACAGCAGCCUGUUGUUAUCAAUGAAAGACAUAGUGAGCCUCCCUCCCCUCAUAGAUGCAUUCUCUUCAACUGCCUCCACAGAAAAAGACCACUUGGGUAGAAAGAAAGCCUUGUGCAGAAUUCCGAAUACCCCCAUAGCCACCUACCACCCCUUAGGGCCUAGGCACUCCUGUAGAUCUGAAAGGAUGGGAUAGCUUUUGCGUUCUGGCUGGGUGGCAUUUGCACUGUGUUGGAUACACCUAUUCAGUCCUUUUAGGCCUAGGACACACUGAGGUUGUACAACUGAUGUACAAUGCAUUGGACUCGACAGUUGUGAUGCAAUGGAUAUUGUUUUUAACGGAAACGUUUAAAAUAUUGUUGUUUGGUGUCUCCAGAGUGGUUGGGUAAAUAUUUGUGUGCAGACAAAUGCAUAAAAAUACCUGUUGUAUCAAAUGCGUUGUACAACCUGAUGUGAACUAGGCCAGUAGACCUACAGGUGGCCUAAGGCUGUUCCACUUGCUCAGGAGUGAAGUUCCACUAGGGACAGAUCUAGGAUCAGCUUCCUCUCCCAAUACACACUAAUCCCAUUAGUGGAGAAAAUGCUAAACUGACCCAAGAUCAGGGGAAACUUGAUCCAUUCUGCUUAAUAACCUCCCGACUCUGUAACUGUAAUUAGGUUGAUCGAGGACUUUUGAUUACAUUGGUCACCUGAUUAGUCACCAAGUUGAGUUGUUUUAUCCUUGUAUUUUGUCAUUUACUUUUAUUUAAUAUGUACUAAGUGUGUUGGUUUGCGUUAAAAGAGAUCUACUGUAUGUACUUUCAUCUUGUAUAGAUGUCAUUUUUGUAUACCUCCUGGAAAAACCUUCUGCUGAUUUUUCUUAUUUUUUUGUUGUUGUAGAAAAUAGUAAUUCCACUAAUCAGUAAUUCCAAAUGCAUUGCGCAUCUCUACAACUUUAUUGCAAUAGAUUCCAAAUAAUUGUUUUGGGGGGGUGAUUUAUUAGAUUUUUUUUCCAGAGUGCUGAUGCUAUGUCUAAUCAGAGCUGCAUUGUGGCAUUCCUCCCAGACAUUAUUUUUUUUCAACAGAAUUAAUGUUUAAGCUUAGCCAGAGUCUGUGGUUAUUCAAAUCGUUAUAUUGUGAAUUGUAUUCUCUGAAGCAAGCAACUUUAGGCACUUAUACAAUAGUAUGUGAAAUAUUAUUCUGCGUUUACACGGGCAGCUCAGCCCGAUUCUGAUAUUUUUUUCACUAAUUGUUAUUUUGACCAAUCAGAUCAUCUCUGAAAAAGAUCUGAUGUGGAAGAAAGAUCAGAAUUGGUCUGCCUGUGUUGUGUUCAAUUGAAAUACUGUAGAAUUCCAUUCAUUCCUAUGGAGGACUGCUCCUACUGGGGAGUGCCAAUAUUGCCGACCUGUGGCUUCAAGGCCUCUCAAUGGCCAAUAUAUGGCAUCUGCAAUCCAGGCUUUGUACAGUGCAUUUGGAAAGUAUUCAGACCACUUGACUAUUUCUACAUUUUGUUAAGUUACAGCCUUAUUCUAAAAUGGAUCAAAUAGUUUUUUCCCCUCAUCAAUCUACACACAAUACCCCAU